AGACGAAACAUAAUUUUGAUUAUCUACUGUUGUUGUUUGCUUCUUUAUGCUUAAUUUUUCAUACCAGUCAUUCAAGGGAGGUUCGUGGUUCUUGCAGUCUCCCUCCGCAGAUUCAUUGCAGAUUUUAAAGCCGAUUGAGUUCUAUAUAGCUUAUUUAAAGUCGAAUAUAGAAGUGUUAUCUUAGCGCAUAUCUGUUUUGAAAAUGGUGCUAUCGGAGCUUUCAAACAAGCUUGAGUUCGAAGAAUAUGUCAACACUAAUUCUCUCUCAGUGGUCCAUUUCUAUGCUGAAUGGGCACCUCAAUGUGUACAGAUGAAUGAAGUUAUGGAAGAAUUAUCCAAUCAAAUCGAAUACAGGGCUGUUAAAUUUGCAAAAUGUUUAGCAGAAGAAAUACCAGAUGUUUCCCUGAAGUACAACAUCACAGCUGUGCCAACUUUUGUGUUAAUCCGUAAAGGUGCUGCAGUGCAGCGGGUGGAUGGUGCUAAUGCUGGAGACCUCACUAAGAAGAUAAAUCAGGCUCUGAAAGACAUAGCAGAACCUCCUCGAUCAGAACGUGAAAUACCUCCUGUUGACUUAAAUGCUCGUCUGAAAUCUUUAAUUAAUGGGGCACCCGUCAUGCUUUUUAUGAAAGGCUCUGCUAUUGAACCACGCUGCAAGUUUAGCAAAGCAAUUGUGGAACUUUUGAACUCUCUAAAUGCUGAUUACAAAACUUUUGACAUUUUAAACAAUGAAGAUGUGCGACAAGGAUUGAAAGAAUAUUCAAAGUGGCCAACUUACCCUCAGCUUUAUAUUAAAGGUGAGCUCAUAGGUGGAUUAGACAUAGUGAAGGAAAUGCAAGAUAGUGGUGAGUUAGAAAGUAUGCUUCCCAAAAAGAUGUCUUUGGAUGAGAGACUGAAGAGCCUCAUAAAUAAAGCCAAGGUGAUGGUGUUCAUGAAGGGAAAUCCCAGUCAACCCAAAUGUGGCUUCAGUAGAACUUUGAUGGAGAUUCUGAAGGGAACAGGAGUUGAUUUUGAAACUUUUGAUAUUUUGGAAGAUGAAGUAGUCCGUCAAGGGUUGAAGGAAUAUUCGAAGUGGCCAACUUAUCCUCAAGUGUAUGUCAAAGGGGAGCUUAUUGGUGGUCUGGACAUAAUCAAAGAGAUGAAAGAAGGUGGUGAGCUAGAAAGCACGCUUAAUGCACAGUGAAAGAGAAUCUGUAUGUACCUUAGGUUGUUUCUUAUGUGUAAUUGCUUGUAACUCAUCAAUAAAUUUUGAAUCAUUAACAUUA